UCCAACCUCUGAAAAUAUGCAAGAAAGUUCCAUGAAGUUGGGGCGGGGGGCUGAGUCCUUCACUUUUACUUCCGGGUCCCUCUCUGGCAGGCCGGCCGGCCAUCCUACGUCACUUUCUUCAUAUAUGGAGGGGUCUGGUAGACAAGGAGGCCAUUUGCCACGCACCAGGCGCCGUUCUGAGAACUACACACAAAUGUGCUGUUGGAUCCCCAGCCGGGAGGCACUAGCAUGAAAUCCUCUUAAAGGUGGGGAAACUGAGGCAUGGCGCGGGUGGGUAACUCGCUUGAAGUCACACGCGGGGCCCGUGGGUGUCAGAGCAGAGAUCCGAACCCCGACGGUCUGACUUCACAACACUUGCUCUUAACCAGGCCUAAUUCUCGCUGCCACACUGCCGUCUGGCAUCCCCGGCCCCCAGGGACGAGGGCGCGGAAUGCGCUUGGGGGGGGGGGGCUGGGGGGGGUUGGCUCUCCUCUGCAGAACAGGACGGACCCUUGUACCUGGCCAGCAAGCAGGGACGCUGCCUGCCCCGUGCGUGGGAAACGCUGGCCUGUCAGCAGGUGUAAACUCAGAAGUUUCUCCCUCAGCCAGUUUCAAGGACGGUUUGCCCAAGUGGACACUUGGAGGGGUCAGGCGCUGGGCCGAUCCAACACGCGUGGGUGUGACCGAGCACACUGCAGGCGUCAGGACAAAUGCUCCCCACGGAGACGCACGGACGCCCGGGCUAGUGCGAAGGCCCGAAGGCACACACAGGGACGUGGCCUACGGGUGAUCCGAGCGCGAGCAGGAGGGCACAAGGGGCCUCCGGUUUCUGAGUGUUUAAAAGAAGAGCGUCCCCUGCAUCAGCCUGAUUCCAGACCUGCGGCUCCAUGGUGGCCUUCCUGCCCCUGCUGGCUCUGCUCUUCCUGGGGGCCCGGGCCCAGCAUGGCUCCCAGUGGACCUACUCGGAGGGGGCACUGGACCAAACACAGUGGUCGAAGGAGUACCCCAGCUGCGGGGGGAGGAGACAGUCACCCAUCGACCUGCAGAGGAGAAACGUUCAGUACAACCCCUCCCUGAAGGCUCUGAAACUGACAGGCUACAAGUCCCAGGGGGGCCAGUUCCCCAUGACCAACAACGGCCACACAGUGCAGAUCAGCCUGCCCCCCACCAUGCGCAUGACGGCCGCCGAUGGCACCGAGUACAUAGCCAAGCAGAUGCACUUUCAUUGGGGCGGUGAGUCCUCAGAGAUCAGCGGCUCCGAGCACACCAUCGAUGGGAUCAGAUAUGUGGCCGAGGUUCAUAUCGUUCACUACAAUUCUAAAUACAAGAGCUACGAUAUAGCCCAGAGCGCACCAGAUGGCUUAGCUGUGCUGGCAGCCCUCAUCAAGGUCGAGGAUUACGGUGAAAACACGUACUACAGCACCUUCAUUUCUCAGUUGAACAACAUCAGGUAUCCAGGACAGAGCACAGUUCUGAGUGACCUUGACAUUCGGGACAUGCUCCCCGAGAACGUGCAUCACUACUACAGCUACAAAGGGUCACUCACCACUCCUCCCUGUACUGAGAACAUCUACUGGUUUGUGCUGGCAAGUCCCAUCAUGUUCUCCAGGGCACAGGGUUGGAAGCUAGAGAAUUCCAUAUUGGAUCACCAGAACAAGACCCUCCACAAUAUCUACCGCAUGACCCAGCCCCUGAACGACAGAGUGGUGGAGACCAACUUCAUGAAUCUCCCCAACGAGUGUUCUGAGUUCCAGCUUUACCUAACCAAGUUUGACAAUAAGCUCGAAAACUUGAAGAGUCUUCCUGAAAACAAGAAAGCGAAGGAACACCACCAAGAGUAGGGAGCUCGAAGCGUGCGGCGUGCAGGACGAGGCGGACUUCCGCUGAGCCCACGACCCUGCCUGGCUCCGAGAAAUUCCGUGUCCGGAUCGCACCCUCCCCGAGGCACCUGUCGGGUUUCUGAGUAAGAUGGGGGAAACCAUCGUCCCCGAGCGGAGGCGAGGUGACGUGAGUCAGACGACACCGAGGGGAACUGACUGGAAUAGAAAUGCGAAGGGAUCGGGGCGCUAACCACCUUCCCACCAAAGCCUGCAGGUUUGUCUGCGUAAGUUACGAAGCAGCCCGAACUUCCGUGUGGGACUUGGGUGUAAUAAAAUAACUU